AUGGCGGGGAAGAGAAACCAGAGCCGCGGCAGCAGCCCAACCUCCGGCAACUUCUCCGACGACGGCGGCUCUUCCUCCACCACCACCAACAACAAGGAGCAGGACAGGUUCCUCCCCAUAGCCAACGUGAGCCGCAUCAUGAAGAAGUCCCUCCCGGCCAACGCCAAGAUCUCCAAGGAGGCCAAGGAGACCGUCCAGGAGUGCGUGUCGGAGUUCAUCAGCUUCGUCACCGGAGAAGCCUCCGACAAGUGCCAGAGGGAGAAGAGGAAGACCGUCAACGGCGACGACCUCCUCUGGGCCAUGACCACCCUAGGGUUCGAGAGCUACGUCGGCCCCCUCAAGGUCUACCUCGGCAAGUACCGCGAGACCGAGGAAGACAAGGUCAAUUCCACCACCACCAACAACAACGACAACAGCCACCACCACCACCAGCAACAACAGCAACAGAGCGAAAAUUCUGUUACUGUUGCUGCUGCCAGCCCCAGUCAGCAGACCGUCUCUGUUACUACUGCUAACAGAGACGGUCAUGAUUUUAUGAGCGGGAUAGAUAACUACCACCAACGUUAUCACUAUCCCUAUAUGAAUGGUGCUGAUAACAUUGGUGGUGGUGAUCAGAUGAUGAGCGGGCCCAUGUUUUCGAUGAGCCGGCCCGCUCAUCAGGGUUUGGACUUACAUGGGUAUGGCGGGCCGCCGGCUGGUACACCGUCGUCGUUGGUGUACACGCUUGGAGUGCAUCCUCAUCAAGCGGCGGCGGCGGCCGUUAGUGCGGCGAGGCUUCUCGGUUAUAGUAACGGCGGCGGGAGUGGCGGGAGAGCAAUGGCGCAUCAGUUUAAUUGA